AUGGAUAAGAAUGACUUGGAGCUACACUAUCAAAGAAUGUCCAAAAGAUUCUACCUAAUUGGGGGAGUAGAUGAUCCGAACCUAAAGCAAGCCUUCCUGGCGUCCAUCCCAAAACCGCUUGGCGAAGAGACGUUCAGACUCCUCUCAGCAAAUGGCAGAACAUUACAGAACACAACUCUUGGUGAGCUAUUCCAGACAAUAAUGAGAGCACUAGAAAAAAUGUGCUCCCAGAAUAAAUUCCUACAGGAAUACAUGAAGCAAACAAAACAGCUCGAUAAGGUAUGCAGUCCAAGAGAUCUAACAAUCAAAUGCUCAACUAAGUCAUCUUGUUCCUGCGAAAGACCAAGCUAUGGUGGGAAGAGAUACAAAAGCAAGUCAUUCAAACCAAGGACUCCAUGGAAAUUUCUCCGACGGAAAAACAGACCAGGCAAGUCUUCUAAUAGAUGUUUCUUGUGCGGACAGAAAUGGCACUUUGCCAAGCAAUGUCCAAAAGGCAAAACGGCGAAGAUGAUAUCACACAUCCAGGAUGUAACAGGAGUAUCCCUCUCAGACGAUGAUGUAGAAUCCGUGUUCUCUAUAGAAGAUGAAAUCUCCCCGUAUACUGUCUGUGCAUUACGACCAUUCUCCCACUCAGACGACAAUAGUGCAGGAGACAUCUUCAAAAUGAAUGCCAUAAAUUCUGUUCAAUCCAUCCCUAUGGAAAAAAUGCAAAUCAUCCCAACAAAAUACUCCAAGCCAAUCAAGGUGGCUGCCUUCUUUGAUACUGGAGCCUCCUACACCAUCAUGAAUCCUGAUAUUCUACCACCAGAAUUUUGGAAGAAAAAGAAGCAGUACUUCCACGCGGCAAAUAACCAAAUUUUCUGCACGGAACUAAUCAGCAAGCCCAUCAAGCUGCAAUUUUUUCCAGGCUGCUCAAUCGUCCACAGGGUCAUCGGCUCUAAACUUCCGGGAAAAGAUUUAAUUAUAGGUUUCGACCUCUACACGAAGAAAAAAGGUCUGAGAAUACUUCCACAGGGGUUGGCGUACAAGCAAUACUUCACUCUAUGGGAGCAGGUUCCGAAUUACUUCCACAUGACUGAAGAUUGUCUGACAUCGAUCAAAGAGCGCAUUAUCCAAAAAUCAUGUGCUAAUUCCCUUAUGGAGUUCUCAAAUAAAUGCGACCACCCACUAUGGAAAAAUGAGGAAUUCUUCAUUUCUCUCCCAUUUAAGAUGAAUGAAGAUGCAAACCCAACUAAAGCAAGUCAUCUGGGAAUAGGCCCCGAUCAUCAAAGCCUGGCAAACAAGGAAUGUGAAGAGCUAAAAGCACAAGGAUUAAUCGAAGAAACUGAAUCUCCAUGGGCCUGCCAUGCAUUCUACGUCAACAACAGAUCAGAACAAGCCCGAGGCAAGCAACGACUAGUAAUAAACUACCAACCGCUCAACCACUUCCUAACAGAUGACAAGUUUCCUCUGCCAAACAGAAAUUCCUUGUUCUCCAGCCUAUCACAAGCAAAGGUAUUUUCCAAAUUUGACCUAAAAGCGGGUUUUUGGCAACUAGGAGUCAAAAAAGAGGACAGGCCGAAAACUGCAUUCUGUAUCCCAAACCAUCAUUUCCAAUGGACUGUAAUGCCAUUCGGGCUCAAAACAGCCCCAUCCCCCUUCCAAAAAGCCAUGAGCAAGAUAUACAAGCCCAUCUUAAACCAGGCCCUCAUCUACAUAGACGAUAUCCUCCUUUUUUCCCCUGAUAUAAAAUCCCAUACCAAUCUUCUAACCCAAUUUGCUGGUAUCACUGAAAAGUAUGGAAUAAUGUUAUCAGAAAAGAAGAUGGUGUUGGGCCAACCCAAAAUCGAGUUCCUAGGGAUGAAAUUGCACAAUGGCACAUACGAAGCCCAACCUCACAUAGCCUAG